AGUUGCAUUAAUAAGGAGCGUCAUUCUUAAGCAGCAUAGCUCUCAAUGCCCAGCUAUACCAAUAGCAUACGCGGCCCAGCCAAUACGCCCCUAAGCAUUGACAGCUGAACCCCCUAUAAGGCAGACUCGGGUAAUUGAGGCAAGUCAUGAUGCUAGGAGGUCGUUGCUCCGCUGUAGGGGCUGUCGACCUUUCCUUGACGCACUCGCUGCUGCAAGAAGUUCACUGUACAAUCUCAGACGACAACAUAACUUCUUUCACAGCAUUUUCGAUUUUAGGAGAAGGCGGACAAUAUUCAAGAGGGAUCCCAGGCCAGACGCGCUUGUGUGAAGUGCUGCUCUCCGGAGCUCCAGGGCCAACAACAGCAUCAUUUGAGCCGGUGCCGCCAAAGAUGCGAUCCAUGACAUACUUGGGCCCGUCCUGCAUGCUCAUUAUGAGAAGAGAAGUUGACAAAGUUUUGGAUGAAGGAAUACUGAAGGACGUCUGCAGCGACGUCUGAUACAAGUCUAAUCCUUAGCAAACUCUAACUGGUCUAUUUUCCGCAGUGUUGAUAAUAGAGCAGUUAGGUUUGCUCUUGUAGGGCGACGAACCUCCUUAAGUUUCAUGCUACAAGACUCUCUCGCUGGCCUCAACAACUUCUCAGCCUCUUUUAAUCGGCCCU